CACAUGGGACAGUCCAAAAGAUGUGUAUAAAGGAUUUGUAGUUCGCCAUUUGUUCAAGAAAAUGUAAUGUUAUUUUACACGAUUUUGUUUUAAUUUGACGCGAUUGUUAAUUAAUUCUUAUCAUAAAUAAGGCGUGCGUCAACAGGUUACUUCUAUUAGUAUCAUAGUCACCAUGCAUUAAUAUAAUGCAAAGACCACACAUUGAAGACAACGCGGGGCGUAGAGUCACUCAAGGGGAGAUUAACCAAGUUCUUAGCGCUGGAAGAUUGAUUCAAAGUGCUGGGCUUGGAGGAGGUCCAAGGUUUGAGUCUGAAGUGAUGUCAGGUGGACUACAGUUUCCUGGCUUACAGAAUUUCGCUGGGGCUGCCGGACAUGCCCAUCAGGCCCCUAUUCAGCUUCCAGGGGGGAUAUCAGGCCCUGGGGCUGGUGGUAUGACCCCGGGGCAUGGGCUGGGCGGAGCACACCCAACACCUGCACAGGUGCACACAGCGCAAGUUCAAGGUCAACAGCAACAGUUCCAGAGGCUAAAAGUAGAGGAUGCCCUGUCCUACCUAGACCAGGUGAAGUUACAGUUUGGUAAUCAGCCCCAGGUCUACAAUGAUUUCUUGGACAUCAUGAAGGAAUUUAAAUCGCAGACUAUUGACACCCCUGGCGUCAUCAACCGUGUGUCAAACCUGUUCAAAGGCCACCCAGAGCUUAUUGUCGGCUUCAACACGUUCCUUCCACCGGGCUAUAAGAUUGAGGUACAGGCCAAUGAGAUCAAUGUCCAUCAGCCCGGCCAACAGACCGUGUCCAUAUCCACGCUGAAUCAAAUGGCCCAGGCUGCUGCUGCUUGUCAACAGCAUAAACCUAUUCAGAGCCACGUGGCCAACCCGCCCAGUCACACCAACCCGCCUUCCCAACACUCCUACCACCAACAGCCUCGACCUGCCGCUGUGGAAAGCCCAGUGGGUCAACCAAAUGCACAACCGGGCCAGCAACCAGUGGAGUUCAACCAUGCCAUUAAUUACGUGAACAAGAUCAAGAACCGUUUCCAGGGGCAACCAGAGAUCUACAAGGCGUUCCUGGAGAUACUACACACAUAUCAGAAAGAGCAGAGGACAAUUAAAGAAGGGGGAUUGGGUAUACCCCACUACCCCUUCCAGGGCACUGUGCCCCCUGGCCACAAGCCCCUCACAGAGGCAGAAGUGUACGCACAGGUGGCAAAGCUUUUCCAAAACCAGGAAGACCUGCUUGCUGAGUUUGGGCAGUUCUUGCCAGACGCAAAUGGGUCGUCAAAUUAUUCUGGAUAUUCCCUGUUUGGCUCGGACUCAGUCCUGGGUGUAAGAAACGACCACUCGUCCACGGUGAAGAAGCCAGGAUUUGCAAGCAAGCCGCCAGGACCAAAAAUUUCCAAUCAGCUUAGACGUUCUAUAUCAUCAAGUGCCCAGCCUCCUAUUAUUAAGAAGCCGCGGUUGGGAACAUUGAAAGAUGUAUCACUGGCUGAGGCUGGAAAAUGGGGUACACUGAAUGAAUACGCUUUCUUUGACAAGGUCAGAAAAGCUUUACGCCACCAAGAGGUUUAUGAGAACUUCCUUCGUUGUUUGGUUCUGUUUAACAACGAGGUCAUUUCACGAGCAGAACUUGUACAACUCGUACAGACGUUUUUGGGCAAAUUCCCGGAGCUGUUCAAAUGGUUCAAGGACUUUCUGGGGUACAAGGAGUCAGGUGGGAUGGUGGAGUCUAUACCACAAAAUGCCACGGGCAAGGAGCGUAUAAGUGGAGAACUGGCCAUGGAAAUAGAUUAUGCGACCUGUAAGAAGUAUGGAGCCAGCUACAGGGCCCUACCUAAGACAUACCCUCAGCCAAAAUCCACCGGUAGAACAUCACUGUGCAAAGAGGUGCUUAACGACACAUGGGUAUCAUUUCCUUCAUGGUCUGAGGACUCGACGUUUGUAACGUCACGAAAAACUCAGUUUGAAGAACAUAUCUACAGAUGUGAGGAUGAACGAUUUGAGCUUGACGUGGUCAUAGAGACCAAUCUCUCCACAAUACGAGUGCUAGAAUCUGUUCAGAAGAAACUGACGAGAAUGGCACCAGAGGACGCUGCUAAGUUUAAACUCGACAACUGCCUUGGAGGGACGUCAGAAGUUCUACACAGAAAAGCAAUACAGAGAAUUUAUGGGGACAAGGCACCGGAUAUUGUUGAUGGACUGAAGAAAAACCCAGUGGUGGCAGUUCCCUUGGUCCUUAGGAGGUUAAAAGCAAAAGAAGAAGAAUGGAGAGAGGCCCAGCGAAAUUUCAACAAAAUCUGGCGUGAACAAAACGAAAAAUAUUACCUGAAGUCACUAGAUCAUCAGGGUAUCAACUUUAAGCAGAAUGAUAUCAAGGCCAUACGUUCUAAGGCACUGCUGAACGAAAUUGAGACCAUUUAUGACGAGCGUCAGGAUACAGAUGCAGGCACUCCACAUCUCAGCUAUGUCUACAAAGACAAGUCCAUCCUGGAUGAUGCUUCUGGGCUCAUCAUUCAUCACAUGAAACGUCAAACAGGAAUCCACAAAGAUGAGAAACAGAAGAUCAAGGUUUUACUUAAACAGUUUUUGCCAGACCUGUUCUUCACUGCAAGACAGGAACUUAGUGAUGAUGAGAUGGAAAAAGAUGAUGAAGAAAUGGACACAGACGAAGGUGGGACUGAUCGCGAUAAGGACUCCAGAUCAGACAGCGAGAAGUCUGACAAGAAACGAUUGAGUGACACCGAAACACCAACAGUCCGGGUCAAGACAGAGAAAACUGACAGUGCUUCAGAGCCAGUGAAAAGCAAAACAGAGACAAAAGUCGAGGUAAAAGAAGAAAAGAUGGACACCGGGGAUGUCUCAAUGGAUGCCAGUGAUAUCAAAACAGAGUCGGAGACAGAAAAAGCAGCCCCAGAAGACGAGGAAGAUGACGAUGUGUACACUCUGUUCUUCGUCAACAAUAACUGGUACCUGUUGUUCCGCCUGCACCAGCUACUGUGUGAGAGACUACACAAGAUCUACGUGCACUCACAGACCAUUGCAGAGGAGGAGGCCCAGUGUAGGAAGGAUAGGAAGGAGUCCACCGCCGUAGCAUUGAGACUGAAAGCUCCUAGUGAGAUUGAGCCGGAUGAGUAUUUCCCGUACUUUCUGGACAUGGUGAAGAACGUGUUGGACGGAAACCUAGAGAGCACGAGUUACGAGGACCAGCUGAGAGAGAUGUAUGGGAUACAUGCGUACAUUGCCUUCACCAUGGACAAGCUGGUGCAGAACAUUGUCAGACAGCUGCAACACAUUGUGGUAGAAGAGAACUGUCACAGAGUGUCUGAACUGUUCAACGAUGAGCGAAGGAACCGCGCUACUGGGGGUCGUAUUGCUACACGUCAUCAGCGACAGCCAAUGGAAAACAGCUAUCAGAAGAGGGCAGAGCAGUGCUUGAGCGAGGAAAACUGCUUUAAAGUGACUAUACACAAGAUGGAGUGCCGACUGAGCAUAGAGAUGCUGGACUCGGACCAUGAGCCCCCUGACGACCCCGUGGAGGUGGAACGCUGGAGCGAGUAUGUUGAGAAAUACGUGAACAACGAGGACACUGCCACUGAAGAACUCAAGGAGAUGCUCAACAGGAAACCUGUGUUCUUAAGGAGAAAUGUACGGCAAGUUCGUAAGAAAAACAAAGAGCAACAAGGAGAAGAGGAGAAGGCCAAAAGAGAUGACUCUGAUAAAAUGUCGGAAAAAAGCAGUCGAUCAGUGGGUGGGAAAUCAGACAAAAGCGAUAAAAUGCAAUCCAAUGAAAAGGAAAGAGAAACCAAAAAGGAGGAAGGGGAGAAAGAAGAAAUGGAUAUUGAUAAGGAAGAAAGCAGUACAGAUAAGGGUAACAGGCAUAAUGAAGAUAGAGAUGGGGAUGAUAACGCGGAUAAUGAAGAUGACAAUGAUGAUGAUGACAAAGAAGAUGAUAAUGACGAUGAUGAAAUUAUAGGGAAGAAAGGUCCGAGGUCGGGAAGAGAGAUUGAUAUUAUUGACAACACAGAAUGCAAGUUUAACGUUAAUUCCUUCAAGCUCGUCUAUGUGAUCAAUAGCGAGAGCUACCUGUACAAGCGCAUGGCCUUGAAGCGGGCAAGGGAGUCCCACAAGGACCUGUCUCUAAAGCUGCAUGGCAAAUUCAGUGCAUGGGUGGACAAGUGGAAAAAAGCUCAUGUGACUCGGGAGCAGGAAACAAAAUGUUCCAAAUGGCUGAAUGGAGAUUCUGGCAACAAUCGACCCUGCAUCACGACCAAGGGGGACAUUGACGUGACAGAUAAGUCGCCAUAUUACAAGUACACAAAGUAUCGAGUGAAGUUUCUGAAAGAUCCAGAAUCAGAAUUGGAAUGAAUUGAACAAAAACUGUUGCAUUGAGGAACAUAUGGAUAUUAAAAAAAGAAAGAAAUUGUUCUGCUGAUGAAACAAGGAAUGACAAAUAUCUGUAAUGAAUAGUUUUCAGAUUGUGUUUUUUUUUCAAUUCACACUACUUUGAAUUUAUAAUUAGUUUUAAAUAUCUGCAGUAUCUUAAAGAGAAGAAUCAAAAUGGUUUACAAGAUGGUUUAAGCUCUACUGUGGUAAAUAUGAAAAGUUAACAGAGUAGCUGGUGACAGAGAGUCUGAUUUUGGUUCAGAAUGGGACAAAAUGGAGGGAUGAAACAUGCUGUACAGUAUGGGACAAAAUGGAGGGAUGAAACAUGCUGUACAGUAUGGGACAAAAUGGAGGGAUGAAACAUGCUGUACAGUAUGGGACAAAAUGGAGGGAUGAAACAUGCUGUACAGUAUGGGACAAAAUGGAGGGAUGAAACAUGCUGUACAGUAUGGGACAAAAUGG